UUAUAAAUAGACAUCCGGUCCUGAUGGGGAAGCUCUGCAAACAGACUCUAUAAAAAAAAGCAACGGAUUUGGUAUGAAGCGCAUAGCUGGACAAAAUCAGGACGAAACAACUGAGACCGAUCAUAGAAAAAAACAAACCCUAGCAAAUCUGCCAGAGAGCCCUCUACAUCCGCCCAGAGACAAGAUGUCAGUUUCUCAAGUUAACGGGAAAUUCUCAGCUCUGCCUCACGACGCGGAAGUCAUCCCUUUUCCUUUGGACGUCUGGGAGGAAAUCUUCCUAAAUCUGCCCCCCCAUUUUGUAGUCUGUGUGUGUCGGUUGGUUUGCAAUGAGUGGAAAGAUGUGGCAGACAGUGAGUCUUUCUGGAAGGAAAGAUGUAGAAGAGAGGGAUAUCAUCUCAAUGAUCCUACCAAAGUACCCAGAGACUGGAGGAUGUUUUACUUCUUAUCCAAGAACAGAAGAAAUCUCAUCAAAAAUCCAAGAGGAGAAGAUGGAUUUCAAAGAUGGAACAUAGUGCAGAAUGGUGGUGAUAAGUGGUCACUGGAAAACCCCAGGUUACCUCACCCAAAUCCUGCAGUCAAAAAAACCUUUGUGACUUCAUAUUAUAUGUGCACGAAAGAACAGCUGAUUGAUUUGGAGAAGGAAGGUUACAGCCCCUCACUUAUGGAUGAGAUCCAGCCACACAUCAGAAUAUCAGACUGGUAUGCACCACGAUGGGAUUGUGGAAGUAUCUAUGAGAUUUCAGUACAACUGCUAGAUAAAAACAAAAGAAUUGUGAAAACGUUUUCCCCUGAGCAAGUUUCCUUUCCUCAGUGGAAUGACCAGCAGUGGAAUCAGAUGGUGCAUGUGUUCAAGGACUACGGACCAGGAGUGAGAUACGUCAAUUUUUGUCAUGGCGGUAGAGACACACAGUUCUGGGCCGGACAUUAUGGAAUUCGUGUAACAGAAAGCUGUGUUGAAGUAUGUCCAGCAUUGGAAACCUAGCUUAUUGAUGUAAUGACCAGAAAGUGGCUUGGAAUAUCUUUGCAUUCUUAACCGAUAAAAACUUGUUAGGCAUUUUCCUACCUUCCAAGGUACUCCCCUUCAAAAAUAUGCUGUAGGAAACUUAAGGAAAACAUUAAGGACAAGAGUUGUGCUUAUAUGUAUCAUAUUGUAUUUAAAUGCUAAAAGGAUAUAUCUUCAAAUUGUUUUAUUUGAAGUUUUGUGUAUGAUUUUGUAACAUGUUAGAUUUCUAAAUCUGUUACUCUGCAGCUAAAAAUAUAAUUGAUGUCCUGCUUCACUGUAUCUACUAACCAAAUGAAAAGACCAUCACCUGUUUAACAGUCCUCGCUAAUUUUCUAUAACAUUACAGAAUCUAUGUUAGAACUGCCUUAAUAUCUGUGUGUAAAUGUCUGUAUUACCCUGUAACCUAACACUGCAAUGUUCCUCUUUUGUCCUUAUAUCUGCACUCAUUUUCUGCCAAAUAUUUUCUUUAAAGAGACAUACCUGCUUCUGUAUGUCAACAUGGAACGUGUAUUGAGGUUAAAACAAAUAAAAACGGAAAUU